AUGAAGUACGCAAUCGUGGUCCUCGCCUGCGCCCUGUGGGGUGCCAAUGGAUACCCUUACCACUACUACGGUAGCAACAUGGACACCUUGACGUACGGCUCAAGAGACAAUGGCCAGGGUGGCAUGGUGCUGAGCCGAUUCUACAACCCCUACUACAACUCUCGCACUCCCGCUGGAGGCGGUAUGGCGGCCUUCAUGUUCAACCCAGAGGAGCAGAAACCACAAGCUAGCCAGUACUACCUGCCCGACCGACGCCGCCAAACUACUCCCGAAGCAUAUAUACCGCAGCAGAAUGAUGUAUACUACCCACAGGCACCUGAGAAGCCCUUCGCAACCGAACCUACUGAGAUCGCCGAUCCCCUACCAACGGAAAAAGUUGAAAUCCCGACCACGAUCAAAGCCACGGCGCUGCCGGAGCUUACUGAGCCCGAGAUAGAGGAGGUAGAAGAGCCGAAAGAGACAAAAGAGAUCGCGCCGGCACCAAGGAAGAGAGUGUCUAAGAAGAAACAGGUGAAGAGACCGUCUGAUGACGAUGACGAGGAAGAGGAUUACGCACCCAGGAUUCCGAAUGGCGCUUUCUUCCCGAUGUUCUUCGGAUGGGGCGGCGGCCGCUCUUCUGGCGGAGCCACCGCCAUUGCGAACGCGUACAGCACUGGAAAGGGCGGAGCCGCCAACAGUCACGCGAUCUCUUACGGCUUUCCUCCACCGGAGUCCAAACUGUUGGACAAGGCUUUACCAUCGCAU